GCCAUCCAGUGCGGUUGCGAUGGUCUCCUAAAAAGAAAUACAAGCGAAAAGUGAAAGUGCAAUAAAAAGUGAAAAACAAAAAAAAAAGGAUAAAAGAAAUUAAUUAAUUUAAAUAUAUAAGAAUAAGGACAUUUCGAAAGGACUCUUCAAGGAUUAAGUGUUUUUUUAAAAAAAAAAAAACUAAAAUAGUUCUCAAUCCACUCACAGAUAAUGGGGUCUAGCCGCAUAGCCCCCUUGCUUGUGUGGCUGGCGGGAGUUGUGCUGGUGUUGGAGAUAACAGUUCCAUCUAAUGCUGAACUAACGCCGCCAUAUUUUAAUUUGGCUACCGGACGAAAAAUCUAUGCUACAGCAACAUGCGGUAGUGACACCGAUGGGCCCGAGUUGUAUUGCAAGCUGGUCGGUGCCAAUACAGAAAACGAUCCCUUUGAUUAUUCGGUUAUACAGGGUCAGGUCUGUGAUUACUGUGAUCCCACCAUACCCGAAAAGAAUCAUUCGCCUGAACAUGCCAUUGACGGCACCGAACAAUGGUGGCAAAGUCCUCCACUGUCUCGUGGCAUGAAAUUUAAUGAAGUCAACUUAACCAUCGAUUUUGGCCAGGAAUUCCAUGUUGCCUAUUUGUUCAUACGUAUGGGUAAUUCACCACGUCCCGGCCUAUGGACUUUGGAAAAAUCCAGCGAUUAUGGCAAAACCUGGACGCCAUGGCAACAUUUCUCCGACACACCCGCCGAUUGUGAGACCUAUUUCGGCAAAGACACCUAUAAACCCAUAACCAAAGAUGACGAUGUCAUUUGCACGACUGAAUAUUCGAAAAUUGUACCUCUCGAGAAUGGUGAAAUUCCUGUUAUGUUGCUUAAUGAACGUCCCUCAUCGACCAAUUAUUUCAACUCGUCGGUUUUGCAAGAAUGGACACGAGCCACCAAUGUUCGUAUUCGCCUGUUGCGCACCAAGAAUUUGUUGGGCCAUUUGAUGUCGGUGGCACGUCAGGAUCCUACGGUCACUCGCCGCUAUUUCUAUUCGAUCAAAGAUAUUUCCAUUGGUGGGCGUUGUAUGUGCAACGGCCAUGCCGACACCUGCGACGUCAAAGAUCCCAAGAGUCCUGUGCGUAUUUUGGCUUGUCGCUGUCAGCAUCGUACCUGUGGCAUUCAGUGUAACGAAUGUUGUCCCGGAUUCGAGCAAAAGAAGUGGCGACAGAACACCAAUGCCCGACCUUUUGAGUGUGAACCUUGCAAUUGUCAUGGCCACACAAACGAGUGUAUCUACGAUGAGGAGAUCGAUCGCAAGAGCCUUUCACUGGAUAUCCAUGGACGGUAUGAAGGUGGUGGGCGCUGCUUGAAUUGUCAACACAAUACCGAGGGCAUUAACUGCAACACGUGCAAGGCGAAAUACUAUCGACCAUCUGGAAAGUUCUGGAAUGAGACUGACGUGUGCCAUCCUUGUCAGUGCGACUAUUUCUUCUCCACUGGCCAUUGCGAAGAGGAAACCGGUAGGUGCGAAUGUCGCAAAGCCUUUCAGCCACCAGACUGUAAAUCGUGCGCCUACGGCUACUAUGGCUAUCCCAGUUGCCGAGAGUGCGAGUGUAAUCUCAAUGGCACCGAUGGCUAUCAUUGCGAAGCUGUCAAUGGCGAGUGUCCUUGCAAAAUUAAUUUCGCUGGCCACUAUUGUAAACAGUGUGCCGAGGGCUAUUAUGCCUUCCCGGAGUGCAAGGCAUGCGAAUGUAACAAGAUCGGUUCGAUCAGCAAUGAUUGCGACCUGACAAGUGGCCAGUGUAAAUGUUUGAGCAAUUUCGGUGGCGAACGUUGCGAGCGUUGCAAACAUGGUUACUUCAACUACCCGAAAUGUGAAUAUUGCGAUUGCGAUGUGCAAGGCACAGUAGAGGAAGUCUGUAACAAGGAGAACGGUCAGUGCAUUUGCCGUGAAGGAUUUGGUGGGCCUCGUUGUGACCAAUGUUUGCCCGGCUAUUACAAUUAUCCCGAUUGCAAGCCUUGCAACUGCUCGGCCACUGGAAGUACAGCCAUUACCUGUGACAAUUCGGGCAAGUGUAACUGUCUCGCCAACUUUGCCGGCAAACAAUGCAUGCAGUGCAGUGCUGGCUACUUCAAUUAUCCAGAAUGUCUUCCUUGUAAUUGCGACGUUCAUGGGUCGGUGGGCGUCACUUGCAACUCCGAUGGCCAGUGUUUGUGCCAUGCUAACUUUGACGGGAAACUCUGCGACAGCUGCAAAGAGGGCUUCUAUAAUUUCCCCAGCUGUGAGGAUUGCAAUUGCGAUCCGGCUGGCGUGAUUGACAAAUUUGCUGGCUGCGGUUCAGUGCCGGUGGGAGAACUGUGUCAAUGCAAAGAACGCGUCACUGGUCGCAUUUGCAACGAAUGCCUGCCACUGUUCUGGAAUUUGAAUAUCUCAAAUCCCGAUGGCUGUGAGGUGUGUGAUUGCUGGUCCGACGGUACCAUUGGUACGUUGGACACCUGCGAUUCGAAGACGGGCCAAUGUACUUGCAAACCCCACACCGACGGGCGUACUUGCAAUGAUUGCAAGGAUGGCACAUACGAUUUGGAUGGGUCCUCGCUGUUUGGCUGCAAGGACUGUAAUUGUGAUGUGGGUGGCUCGUGGAAGAGCGAGUGCGAUAAAAUAACGGGACAAUGUAAAUGCCACCCACGUGUAACCGGCCGAGACUGUACCCAACCCUUGACGACGCAUUUCUUCCCUACCUUGCACCAAUUUCAGUAUGAGUACGAAGACGGCUCCCAGCCCUCGGGUGCCAAGGUACGCUACCAGUACGACGAUGAAGUGUUUCCGGGAUACAGCAGCAAAGGUUAUGCCGUCUUCAAUGACAUCCAGAACGAAGUGCGCUACGAAUUGACCGUAUUCAAGUCCUCGGUGUAUCGCAUUGUCAUCCGUUAUGUCAACACGAAUGAGUUCAAUGUGACGGCUAGCAUCUUGGUGCAAUCGGAAAAUCCUUUGGAAGUCGACCAAAAUGUUAAGGUCCUGCUUCGACCUACAACCUCACCGCAAUUUGUCACCGUUGCCGGAGAGAAGGGCAAGAAACCGUCCGCUGUAGUUCUGGAUCCUGGCAAAUACAUAUUCACCACUAAAUGCAACAAGAAUGUUAUGUUGGACUACUUCGUUCUGCUGCCGGCUGCUUAUUACGAGGCCUCAAUUUUAACUCGCAAAAUUCUGAACCCUUGCGAACUUGAAAACAUGGAAUUGUGCAGACACUAUAAGUAUCCCUCAGUGGAAGAUUUCAAACCCUCUAGGCAGCCGUACGUGCCAAAUGCUAGGGGCAAGCCUACAAAUCCCUUGGAUUUCUACAACGAUCCCGAGCACUUGACAAUUGUCAAUCAUGUUGGUGAUAUACCCAUGAUUACAGCAGGCCAGCAGGAGUUGUACUACAACAUGGAUAUUCCGCACAGCGGAAAGUACAUAUUCGUCAUUGAUUAUGUGAGUGAACGUCAGCAUGCUGAACCUGGAUUUAUCCAGCUACGCGUUGGUAACGACAGGGAUAACUAUGGCUCGACCACUGUUUAUCCUUGUCUGUACUCCAUGGCCUGCCGCACCCCCAUUAUCGACGACCAGAUACGGGAAAAGGUGUUCUACCUCAACAAAGACGAAGAUAAGCCUGUGGUCGUCUAUGCCGACUUUGAGGGCGAAGAUAGUGUGGCAAUCAUAUCCGUUACCGCAAUACCUGUCGACCAAUGGUCAACGGACUACAUCAACCCAAGUCCCGUUUGUGUGAUGAGCAACAAUCAAUGUGCUGCCCCGAAAUUCAGAUCGGUUCCCGACUCGAAAAAGAUCGAGUUCGAAAGUGAUCAUGAGGACAGAAUAUCUUCGACAAAGCCACCAUACGCUGUCCUAGAUGAAAAGGUUAAACUUAUUCACCUGGAUAACAAGAUGGAGUCCACCAUUGUCAUUGAGUCCAGGGUCUCCGAGCCCGGACGCUAUGUGGUGUUGGUUAAAUAUUAUCAGCCUGAUCAUCCCAAAUACAAGGUGAUGUACACCAUGACCGCUGGCAAAAACCAAUACGAUGGCAAGUUCGAGAUAAGCCAUUGCCCCUCUAGUUCGGGAUGCCGCGGGGUAAUCCGACCAAAUGGCGACGAGUGGUUCGACAUUGAGGAUGAGUUCAAGUUUACCAUAACCAACAACAGGCCCCAGGGAGUGUGGCUCGAUUAUUUGGUUGUGGUUCCGGUGGAUCAGUACAACGAUGACCUUUUGGAGGAGGAGACUUUCGAUCAAACAAAGGAGUUCAUUAAGGAAUGUGGCCAAGACCAUUUCUACAUCACACACAAUGCUUCGGACUUCUGCAAGAAGGCGGUCUUCUCUCUGACAUCAGACUACAACAGUGGCGCCUUACCCUGCAACUGCAACUACGCAGGCUCCACUAGUUUCGAGUGUCAUCCGUUCGGUGGCCAGUGUGAGUGUAAGCCCAAUAUAAUUGAACGACAAUGCGGCGCCUGCAAAACCGGCUACUAUGGCUUCCCAGACUGCAAGCCCUGCGACUGCCCCAGCACUGCAAUGUGCGAGCCCAAUACGGGAGAGUGUGUUUGUCCACCCAACGUUAUGGGAGAGUUGUGUGACAAAUGCGCACCAAACACCUACGGAUUCCAUCAGAUCAUCGGCUGUGAACCUUGCGAAUGCAAUUACCUGGGCAUUGCCAAUGGCAAGACCCAAUGUGACGCGUUCAAUGGCAGCUGCGAGUGCCGUAAUAAUAUUGAGGGAAGAGCCUGUGACGAGUGCAAGAACGGAUUCUUUGAUUUCCCACAGUGUGAGCAGUGUACGUGCAGCAUUGCGGGCACUGAAUUGGAGGUUUGCGACAAAAUGGACGGCACCUGCUUCUGUAAGAAACAUGCCGUUGGCCGUGAUUGCGAUCAGUGUGUGGAGGGCACCUACAACCUGCGCGAGUCAAACCCCGACGGCUGCACCAGCUGUUUCUGCUUCGGCAAGACGUCACGCUGCGACAGUGCUUAUCUGAAGGUCUACAAUGUCAGCCUGCUGCGGAAGGUGUCCCUCAAUACGGCUGUGUUCCAGGCCCAAACUAUUAGUUUCUCCAUUUGGGAAAUUCCUCCCGAGGACUUGAUGGCCAAUGAAACUAUGCUGCAGGCCGACUUCUCAUUGAACGAAAUCGACAGCGAUGCCAUUGUCUACUUUGGCGUUCUGGAUUACUUGAUGAACCAGAAUAGUCAUAUUUCCGCCUACGGGGGGGAACUGGGCUACUCCCUGUAUUACACCACAGGAUUGUCGGGUAAGCCCAUAUCAGCGCCCGAUGUAAUUCUCUUUGGCAAGGAUUAUGUGUUGGUCCAUCAGAGUUACGAGCAGCCUUCCAGUAAUCAGGUGUUCAAGAACCGCGUGGAAAUGGUGGAAUCGAACUUCUUAACCCAGGAUGGGAAACCCGUCAGUCGGGCCGACUUCAUGAUGACAUUGAGAAACCUGCACAUGAUCUACAUUCGGGCUAACUAUUGGGAACAGACAUUGCUUUCGCAACUGUCCGAUGUCUAUCUGACGCUGGCGGAUGAGGCUGACGAGGAGGACGACGGCCGCAUGAACGGUUAUUCCUUCUUGGCUGUCGAAAGAUGUCAAUGCCCCCCCGGCUACACUGGGCUGUCCUGUGAAGAUUGUGCUCCCGGCUACUAUCGCGACACAUCGGGCCCGUAUGGUGGCUACUGCAUUCCUUGCGAGUGCAACGGUCACGCCGAGACAUGUGAUUGUGCCACGGGCGUUUGUCAAAACUGUCAGCAUUCUACCACCGGCGAUCAUUGUGAAAUGUGCAUAGAGGGUUACUAUGGCAACGCCACCUAUGGCUCCCCCCACGACUGCAUGAUUUGUGCUUGCCCCCUGCCCAUACCUAGCAACAACUUUGCAACAGGCUGUGAGAUUUCCGAGUCUGGCGACAAGAUUCACUGUGAAUGCAAGCCUGGCUACACUGGACCUAAGUGCGAAUCCUGCUCAAAUGGAUAUUAUGGCAAUCCCCAAAUACCUGGCGACUACUGCAAACCGUGCGAUUGCUCUGGCAACAUCAAUCUGUCCGAGCCUGGCUCAUGCGAUACCAUAACCGGCGAAUGUUUGAGGUGUUUGAACAACACCUCGGGUGCAGCAUGUAACCUCUGCGCCCCCGGAUUCUACGGCGAUGCUAUCAAACUGAAGAACUGCCAGACGUGUGAUUGCGAAGAACUUGGAACAUUGGAAUGUGAUCCCUUCGAGGGUAGCUGCAAAUGCCAUGACAAUGUGAUUGGAGAUCGCUGUGACCAAUGUAAGCCGGACCAUUAUGGCUACGAUUCUGGAGUGGGAUGUCGCUCUUGCGAUUGCGGUAUUGCUUCGAACACCACACAAUGCGACGAGCACACCGGCAAGUGUGCGUGCAAAACGGGUGUGACAGGAAGACAAUGCGACAGAUGUGCAACGGAUCACUGGAACUACUCCAAAGAAGGCUGUACACCUUGCAACUGCAAUCAAGGCUACUCGAGAGGCUUUGGUUGCAACCCCUUCACCGGCCAAUGCGAAUGCUUGCCCGGUGUCAUUGGCGACCGAUGUGAUAACUGCCCCCACAGAUGGGUGUUGAAGAAGGAUGAAGGCUGCUUUGAGUGCGACAACUGUCACCAUGCCCUGCUCGAUGUCACCGACCGUUUGCGCUAUCAGAUAGAUCCGGUGGUAAACGAGUUCCAGUCAAUUGCAUUGGCUUUCUUCACCAGCCAGAAGCUGAACUACUUUGAGAACUUGACCGACUCCAUUGCCCCCGAAGUUCAGAAUUUGGAUCCCAAGAGUGUGAAUUUGGAACCUUCGAGACUAGCGGUUGCCGAGGUCGAAAAUGAAGCCAAGCAAUACGCCAAACAGGUUAACAUGACAUUGGAUAAUGCCGAAGACAGCCGCGACAAGGCUAGCGGCCUGCUGCAGAAUGUGACCGGUCUCAGCGACUUGGUGGCCAUGAGUGUGAACGACGCUGACAACGCUAUUUAUGCCGUAGACGCUUUAUCGCGCAACCUUGAGACUGCUGCUAGCACUAAAAUUGAUUCCGCUUUGAGAGAUGCCCAGGAUCUUCUGCAACAAAUAAACGAAACAUCCAUUGACUUGGAGCGCAACGAUUUGGUAUUGAAGAAGGCCACAGAGCUGCUAAGUGAGAUCAGUGUCGUUAUUCAGCCUAUUAGAAUGCAAAAUAGGUCGUUGGAAGCUUUGAAGCACGACAUCGGCGAGUUCAGUGACAAGCUCGAAGAUCUCUACAACUGGAGCCAUAUUGCCACGGACAUGGCCAUCGAAGUGGCGCGUAAAAACAACGAGAACAAGCAGGAGUUUGAAGAUUCAAAGUUCGACACUGUCAGCGACCAGCAAAAAGAGGCCGAGAAGAAUAUUAAGGAUGCCGCUGAUUUGAGAAUCAAUGGAAUGUUAGGUUUGACAAACAUUGACGAAAAACUUGGUGACCUCGGCGUUGUGCUGGACAACUUGAGGGAUCUCAACAAGCAAAUUGACGACGCUCUGCCCAAUAUGUGGGCCGAACAUUUGGAUGCGAAAAAUCUGACAAUUCUUGCCGAGUUCAGGGCCUUGGAAUUAACAAGGAGAGCCCAGGACUUAUCUGAACAAUACGCAGAGCUUACUGCAUCGUCAGAGCCAGCAAUUAAAGCUGCCACUGCUUACAGCGGCAUUGUUGACGCCGUAAUGUCCGCUCAGCAGUUCACCAAAGAAGCAAAAUUUGCUGCAGGAAAUGCCACAGAAAUGACGGAGGGUAUUGAGGGCCUUGCUGGCCAAGCUGACAAAGACUCCGCCGAGUUACUCCAAGGAGCUAGGGGGUCGCUGCACAAGGUUCAAAGUGAACUGGAACCCCGUCUGAACGCAUCUGCUGCACAGGUUGAGGCCAUCUCCAAGCUUAAUGAAAAUACGGAGAAGAGAUUGGCCGACAUCAAUACCUUAAUGAAGGCUCUUCCCGCCGACUCACAAAGAGAUAUGUGGAAGAACUCCAAUACGAAUGCCACAGAUGCUCUCGAGAUCAUGGAGGAGGUGUUGACAAUUCUGCAGCCUGUAGUGAAGCAAACACCCAAAGAGUUGGAAAAAGCCCGUAACAUUUCUAAAGACAUCGACUCCACAAACAAAGACAUUAGUCAUGUUCAGAAUCAAUUGGACAGCGUGGAAGAUUCGAUCCCCUCUCUGUUGGAGUUGGCCAACACUGUAGAAGAGCAGCAGGCCGAAGUUGAAAGAACUGCGCAGAAUGUAGGCGAGGAAAUUGAAAACUUGAAGCGUCAAAUUGAAACGGCCCGCCAAAAAGCCAAUGACAUUAAGGUGGGUGUAAAGUUCGGCGCUAGCACUGUUCUAGAAUUGAAAGCUCCCGAAACGCUGCCCUUGUUGGCCACACAAACAAAGGUGUCCACUUACUUCAAAACCAGUAACCCCGACGGUUUCCUGCUCUUCUUGGGCAAUGACAAUAAGACCUCUUCGCCCUCCCCCACCGCCUCCAAAAACAAUGACUUCAUGGCCUUGGAAAUAGUUGGCGGCUAUCCGAUCCUAACCAUUGACUUAGGCAAUGGCCCCGAACGUAUCACGAAUCCGAAAUAUGUGGCCAACGACGAAUGGUACCAAGCAAUUGUUGAUCGUACCGGACCCAAUGUGAAGUUGAUCAUACGCGAAGAGCUGGACAACAAGACAGUAGCGAAUCAUGUGAAAGAAGAGGUCCUACUGGGGGCCAAUAAUGUCUUCAACGUGGAUCGCAAUAGUCGCCUGUUUGUCGGUGGUUUGCCACCACCCGCCGAUUUUGCUCCUCCCGAGGACAUUCGUACCAGCUCAUUUGUUGGUGAUAUGGAAGAUCUGCGCAUUGGAGACGAACACGUGGGAUUGUGGAACUUUGUCAAUGGGGAAUCGAACAAUCAGGGCGCCUUCCCACGCAACAAAUUGAUUACCGACGAAGUCCCGCCCACGGGCUAUCGUUUCAAUGGCAAUGGCUAUGUGGCACUCAAGGCGACGCAGUUUAACUUCAAGCAAAGGUCCAGCAUCAAAUUCAGCUUCAAGGCUGCCAAGGACACAAAAGAUGGUCUGCUAUUCUUCUAUGGGCGCAAUAAUCAGUUCAUGUCGGUGGAAAUGGCGGACGGUGCCAUAUUCUUCCGCUACAAGUUGGGCGACCACACGGUGUCGACAGGAACCAGCGACAAGUUCAAUGACAACCAGGUGCAUCAUGUGGUGGCCGAGCGAGAUGGUCGUCGCGGCCUGCUUAAGGUCGAUGAUAUGCUCCUCAUACAAGAGACUGUGCCUGACCACGUGGACGACACCUUGCCCGCCUUGAAACGCAUGUUCUUCGGCGGCUUCCCAGGCAAGCGAAACAACACCCUUAUCGUAGAGCAGAACUUUGAUGGUUGCAUUGAUGACGUCACAAUUUCGGGCAUCAAAGUGGAUUUGGGCCAGCACAUCAAUGCAGUUGGCGUUAAGCCUGGCUGCCCCAAAAAGUACUCCACCGUAUUGGCCUAUGCACCAUAUGAGCACGGCUAUCUGAAGGCCAACAACAUCAGCUCGGAUAACAACUUAAAUAUUCACAUGAAAUUCAAGACACGGCAAAAGGAUGGCAUCCUCCUGUAUGGAACCAACCACGAUCAAAGCUCUACCAUCAGUCUGACAUUAAAUGAUGGUUUCCUAGUUUUGCGCAGUAUGGAUGAGGAGUUAGUGUCGGACAUGCGUCGCCUCAAUGAUGGCGAAGAACAUGUUGUAACAAUUCUUCACGAUGACACCCAAUUGCGAUUAUCCAUCGAUGAUGUGGAGGACAAACGAUUGCCUCAUCGCCCUGACGCCUUGUACAUAUCGGCAGGAUCCAUAUUCUUCGGAGGUCUACCCGAAGACUUUGUUCCCGUAAGGAAUGCUCUGCCGAAUCAAGCCUACUUUGUGGGUUGCAUUAGCGAUGUAACUGCCAAUGGACAAAUCAUCAAUUUUGCUGACAGCAUAGAAAAGAAGAACGGAAAUAUAAACAAUUGUCCGAGUGACAUCUUAGCCUAUGAUGUAAGCGCAGUGCCCAUAUACUAUCCCAAUGCGCAGAAUCAAUUGAUCAAAAAACCCAAUGCGACGGUGAUACACACGGUACCUCCUACCCAAGCACCGGCAGUGAUCACAACACCACCCACCAAACCAACUUAUAUGCCGCCAACCAAGGCUGUGGAGGCCACAACAACCUCUACCACGAGUACAACGACGACGACCUCAACAACGACCACAACUACCAGGAGGCCAUUCGUUGAGCCUAAAAUUAUCGAUGAGGAUGAGAACAAAAUCGAUACUCCCCUCACUCGCAAGCCAGAUAUUGCGCGUGAGUUGAAUUUACCGGAAGACUUGCGCUGCAAGUUGCCCACAAAUCCCAAUUACGAUGUGGAUUUCUCCGAAGCUGGCUAUCGUUUCUUCUCGUAUCGAGAGCAGCGAUUGGAAAUUCCAAACUCGCACUCCAAAUUGGGUGAAAACUACGACAUUACGUUAAGCUUCCGCACCGCGGAGGAAAAUGGUGUUCUCUUCUAUGCCCACGAUAGGCAUCACAGCGACUUUAUAGCCGUGUACUUAACAGAGGGCUUAGUGGCUCAUACCGUGCGCCUAGGUGCACAGGUAUUCGAGGUGAACAGUACCAAUGAAUUAAAUGAUGGAGAGUGGCACACUGUACAGUUCAUCAGAUCGCAGCGCACCAUGAGUCUCUACAUUGACGACGAGUUGCAAACUCCCACGCACAGCUUGGAGGACCCCAGCAUUCACAUUAACAACAUGGUAUUCCCACUGUAUGUUGGUGGCGUGCCGAAACACAUCGAGGAAACCGUUUACAUGAACAUCAACUACAAGGACAUAGCCAAGUACUUCAAUGGCUGCCUGCGAGAUUUCAAGUUCAAUGGCAAGUCUCUGCAGAAAGAACCUCAGACAUUCUUUGUGGUGCCCUGUUCGGAGCAGGUUGAAUCGGGCCUGUUCUUCAAUAAGCCCACUGGAUUCGUGAAGCUCUUCGAACGUUUCACUGUGGGAACAGAUUUCAGUUUGAGCUUCGACUUCCGUCCCAGAGAGCCGGAUGGUCUUCUGUUCUCCGUCCAUGGUAAGAGCUCCUAUUUGGUAUUGGAGCUGGUGGACAACCAGUUGUGGUUCAAAGUCAAAUCCGACGCCAAGAAUACCAUCACUACCAUUUACACACUGCCCGACAACGGCAGCUUCUGCGACGGCAAGUGGCGCAAUGUGCAAGCAGUCAAAUCGAAAUUCGUCAUAACCAUCUCGGUGGAUUGGAUUUCGGCCAAGCCAGGUGUGGGCCUGGAAGGAUCUACCGUAACGAAGACCAACCGACCCAUGUUCAUGGGUGGCCAUCAAGCCUUCAAUAAGGUGCCCGGCUUGAAGACUCGCAAGACAUACAAGGGUUGCAUACGCAAUGUCCAGGUCAAUAAGCGGCCGGUUAAAAUAACUCCCAACCUCAUACAUGGUGAGAUCUGGAAGGAUGUCUGUCCCCUGAAUUAGGGUGGUGAAAUCGAUGAAACGAACUAUGCUUAACGAAUGCUGGAUCUUUGAUUAUUGACCCAACGAAACGAAACGAUGCUGAGGAUAGCCUUUAUCGCCAAGAGAAGACAGAGAGGGAUAGAGAGAGGCAGUCCCUUAAUAAACCAUUUUUAUAUCUUAUCCACUAUUCAUUUUCCCAUUCGCUUUAGAGGGGAAGUUCCAUUGCCAUGGAUCGCUAAACCUCCAGGCGAUUAUCUACCGCCUUCUACAUUUCUUAUAUCACCAAUAAACCGUGGGUUUCAAAUGAAUUGUGCAGGGUGUGAGAGAGAGAGGGAGUAAACCUCCAUCCGAAAUACGAUUCAUUUCUCACGCGUUUUCUUUAAGAAACUUAAUUUUUGUUUUAUUUCACUCUUAAAUGCUUUCAUAUGUGCCAAAAUAUUUUUAUUUUUAAUUUCAAUAAAGAACAAUUGCAAGUCAAUAA